AUGGUUCCGAUUCGUGCACCUGAGUGGCGCAAGUUACCCCUAAGCCUUACCGAACUUUGCAUCGAGACGACUCUUCGCUGUGGUCAAUCGUUUCGAUGGCGAAAAGUGGGUGACGAGUGGAACUGUGUUCUUCACGGCCGCCUAUUAUCCUUGACUCAAGAUCCGGAAAGCGUAAAGUACAAAGUCACCUGGCCGGACAAAGCCAACACAGGUCUGGGUGAUGAUACAGAGGCCCUUUUGAGACACUAUUUCAGCCUCAAGUACGACCUUGGUGCUUUGUAUAAGCAGUGGUCAGCAGACGACGCGAAUUUCCGGAAGAAGGCACCUCAGUUUACAGGAAUCCGCAUUUUGAGCCAGGAUGCCUGGGAGGCACUGGUAUCCUUCAUCUGCAGCAGCAACAACAACAUAUCGCGCAUAUGUCAAAUGGUCGAUAAGCUCUGCAAGAACUAUGGCCCGUUUGUGGCCAAGGUCGGGGAUGAAGCCUUCCAUGACUUUCCGACCCCGGCCGCCUUGUCUGGGGACAAGGUCGAGUCACACCUUCGCGAACUGGGCUUCGGCUACAGGGCGAAAUACAUCGCAGACACAGCACGUAUCAUAACCAAUACCAAGCCUGUCGGGUGGCUCGAUAGCUUGGCAAAUCCAGAAAAUCCAGGCUGGGGAGUUCCGCCACAUCAAAAGACAGUAGACGGCGAAGUACCGACAUACAAGCACGCUCACGAAGAGUUGCUCACUUUGUCCGGUGUUGGGCCAAAAGUCUCGGACUGCGUCUGUCUCAUGGGCUUGGGGUGGGCGGAAUCGGUUCCCGUCGACACACAUGUGUGGCAGAUUGCGCAGCGAGACUACAAGUUUGGAGGCAAGAGUAAGACCAAAACGUUCUCGAAAGUGCUAUAUGAUGCGGUUGGCGACCAUUUCCGAGCAAUCUGGGGUCCCCAGGCGGGGUGGGCGCAGUCCGUGCUCUUCACGGCGAAUUUAAAGUCGUUUUCGGAGCAGCUCGCCGCCAAGCCCUCGGCAGAGGUCGUUGCAUUCAAAGUUGAAGUGGAAGAGAAAGCUACGGUGCCCGAGGUACUAGGUCGGACGCGGAGUCGGAAGGUAAUCAUCUCCGAGGACAUCACUAUCAAGCGUGAAGCAGAUAGUCAGGUUGACAACGGGGCCAAGAAGAGAAGGAGAACAAGGACGUAA